AUGGCAUCUUUCCUUCUUCUGCAAGUCAAUGCCAGCCUGUCUUUACCUUUACAACUUCAUUCUCCCUCCUUGGUUCUUCUCCAACACAACUUUCUGCCUCCUGUGUCUUUGGAGAAGUGGUUCUGUCUACUUGCCUUUCAUCUUUGCCCAUGGAGUCCCCUAUGUCCUUUAAGGGCCAAAGUCAUGAAGGGUUCCUUGAUCAGUUUUGUCAAAUACUGUCAGUGGGAUGCCAAGGAGGGAGGUGAGAGUUGUUGCCACCGACAUUGUUUAGAAUCACCAUCUCGUAGUGAUAAUAAAAAGCAUACAGGGACUUCCCUGGUGGUCCAGUAG